GAAAAGAUGGAAUCGCUUGAAAGCAAUCGAAUAUCGAGACUGGUGGUAACUGAAAAGGGGCAAGCGUUAAUGGUUGUCACAUGAAAAAGCAAACAAAUCGAACUACGAGGGUGAAUGGUGAAUCGUUAAAAGUAAAAAAAAAAUACCCCAUAACCUGGAAAUCAUAUUUGGCUCAGACUACGAGCAGACUCAGUCAGAACCACACUUCUCAACCCGUUGUCAACGGCAACGAUUUGACAUUUUCUACUCGAGGGCGCUGCUUGCCGGUGCUCGUCAUCUUGCUCGUGGACCAAAGCAAUCAUUUGCAAUUAACGUUCAUCGAAGGAUCUAUCGAGCAUUGGCUGAGAAGUGAAAUAAAGUGAAAGAAAAUAUGAAAAAGAAAGAAAUGAAAAAUAAAAACCUAGAUAAUUUCCCUCUCCAUCGCUCCAAAUUCCCCCUUUACAUACAUAAGCAUUAAAUCAUAUCAACUUUCUAGAAAACGAACGAACGCGAACACUCACACGUAACGGCAGGAGCAGGAUCAAGAAUCUCGCGCGAAGACUAGUCGUCGGCAACUCUUUGGCAGCGGAGGAUGGGCGUGCGGAGUUCCGCUUCAGAAGCUCCGCACCGAACCAGCUCCGAAAUCGUUUUCACCUUCCUCUCUUUACACCAUUUUUACCCUAUAAUCCCUCCUGGAGUAGCCAUGAGAAGGAACAGGAGGAGAAGAAGGCAGAGAAGCGGGCGAAUGUCUUUUUUCUGAGGGGGAGAAAUCUGGGUAUUUCUGAGAGAAAUCGUACCUACAAACACACAGCUUAGAGUAAUGUAAAGAAAGUAAUAUAAAAAAAAGAUACAAAACAUAGAUCCCAAGGCACACUGAGCAUUUCUUUGUAUCGUCGUUCUGCGUGUUGCAUGUGUAUAGCGUGAUGAUCGACUUCGACGGUAGAUAGAAGAUCAUUCGCGAACCGCACGAGGGAAAGCUCACCUUCAACGCUUCCCACCCGAGGGCCAGUCGGUGUCCACCCGUUUUGGUGGGCUGGGGAUCGCUGUCUUGGUGUCGAGCUCUCUGUCUCCCUCUCUCUCUCUACUCCAUGUAUUUAUGUGGUAACGAUUUGUGGUGGUAGAAAGAACAGUGCGCCUACAGGAAGCCAUUUUUCGAAUUUCGAACUUAGAGCAAAGCAAAGGUCAAAGUCCAAUGCUGGCCCUCGCGAAAGCAGAGCAAACUAGAGCAAAGAAACUAGUAACACGAACUGGUUAACGAACGACUAUCCAAUACGCGGCUCGGGCCACAUUCCGCAAGCGCACUCUAAGAUGAAACAGAACGCAGAACGAGAGAGCGAAUUUAAAUCAAAAAACAUUUACAUUACAAUCGCAAGCAAACCAAGCAACCCAAUAGUCGACGGUGUAGGUAAAAGUGAACGCAGCUGAAACCAUUAUUGUGUUGUGAAAACGUAUCAUUAAACUGGUAGCGCAGUGUAUGGAAAAUGGAAAAGAAGUCCGAAAAUCAUAAAGCAGACAAAGACGUGGAAAGAAGAGAGAGGAGAGAGGAUGAAGAGAUAACACACUAAAACCAAAAAACCAACUACACGCAGUGCCCACACUGGUGGAGAUCUCCGUCUCCGUGCGCGUGCUGUUGCGUGCUGCUGCUGUGUAUGAUUUGUUAGGUUUUUCCUCUGUUUUUGUAGCCUGUAAGAUGCGAACUGUAAGUUUUACAGUAAAGCGCAGAAAGAUAGAGAAAGGGAGGGAGAGGUGGAGAGUAAUGGAAAAUGAAAAACGAAACUAACACAUCUUAAUAAAAGUACGAAACGCACGCGGCCAACAUGUAGGCAGCGU